UGCUCCAUCUAGGUUGAAUCCCAAAUGACUUCCGAGCCCUACACAGACGCGCUACAUAGGGUGCACACAAACCAUUACUCUAUAGCUUAUGUAGUGGACUUAAAGUCUAACAGCGGGCUGUUUUUGGACUCGGCCACAGUCAGUGUGGAUUAAGGUCUUCGGCGUCACGGCGAGCUAGAGUGCAGUGGACGAGCUCGACUCCCUAAUUCAUACUCGACUAGUGAAAGAAAGCGUUUUGGAGCACGCUGAGUAAAAUGAGUAAACUGGAGCAGUUAAACGUGUUCCUGAGUGAGAGACUGUCCGCGGCGGUGAAUGAGAUCCUCGACACAGUGAGCAGGAUGAUGCAGGAGUACGAGGAGGAAACGGCUCGGAUACGCAAAGAGAACGAUUAUCUGAAGGAAAUGUUAAAGGUUACAGGAUGCAGUAUUACUGAAACAAGUCCGGGUGGGGUUCCUUCUGUGUCUCAUGGAAAACAAGACUGUAUCUCAAGCUUGGAGCAGGAAACGGAGCCCCAGGAGAGCCUGAGUCAACACCGAGCAGCAAAGAAAGAAAAUGCGAGCAUAAAAUCAGAAUAUCCCACCCCUCAGUACCCUGCACAUUCUGACUCCGAGUCUGAAACUAGGCCGACAGACAACACUGUGGAACCUCCCCAGUGCACCUCUCAGUUAAACUCGCACACUGUCGAUCAAGACAUAAUAGACUUUGAUUUUCCCAUAAAAGUUAAAGUCGAGUCAAUGAAUAUAGAGUCACAUUUAGGUGAUACCACAGACAAUAUGGAUACCAGCAACCAGAGCUGGUCUCCACAGAACUGGGAUUUGUUUUCAGAGCGAAAUUAUCAGAAUAGAGUGCAACAAGGAGCUGGUCUGCAUCCAUAUAGCACCGAAGGUCCACGUUCUGCAGAAACCACGAUUCAGAACCAGCCUGUAGAGUUCCAAGCGGCUUUCAGCUACACAAACCGGACCAUAUGCAAUAACAGGCUGCACUGCACCAGCAGACACUGUGAACUUCAGAAAAGGACCACGUCAAAGUCGAGCCCUGUUUGGCAGUAUUUCUCACUGAAAGAGGGUGAUUGUAGUAAGGCGGUGUGUCUGAUGUGCAAGGCAGUAAUAUCUCGUGGUGUUAAAGAGUACACAACAUCAGCACUGUUAAAACACCUCCGUAUGAAACAUGGCAAAUGUUGAUCUAUGAUGUUUUGUACUUUUCUACUCUUGACUCAGUAGUUAGGUUUACGAUUACAAAAAAACAACAGCAAAAAAAAAACCAAAUAGGACAUUCUCUACAAAUGUAUGAAUGACACCAGUCUCUAAUGUAGCAAAUGAAAACUAUACUGACCAAAUUUGCAAAGCCACAUUCACUUGAUUUUGAUUGAUGAUGCAGACCUGAGCCUGCUAAAUACCUUCCCAUGGUUUUUACUGAGAUACAACUAUAGCAGAUAAAAAAAACCUAAACAUGCACAAGAUUUGAGGU